UGGCUCCAGGCGCAGUUCCGGCGCGCACCCACUGUAGGUGGUGUCCCCAGGGGUGGGCCUGGGGGCAGGUGUCUGUAUCCGACUGGCGCUUGGCAGGGGGUGUCCUCCGACGCGUGCGCGCGGCAUGGCCGCGGCCGCAGGCGCCAUGGACGUGGACUAUGAGUUGUCGCAGCAGCUCCAGGGUCACGAGAGCCAGGUGAGAUGCGUGGCAGUCCUCAGCGAGCAGAUGCUGGUCUCUGGCGGCCUCGACUCGCAGGUGAUCAUGUGGAAGCGGCCACGCAUGGAACACGGCUUGGGCCCCUUCGAGCUGCACAAGAAGCUGGGGCACCACUCAGACUUCGUCUACGCGCUGGCGCCCUCGCACUCCAGCGCCGGCGCGUUCUACUCGGGCUCCAAGGAUCGAACAGCCGUCCGGGUGGACAAGGAGGGCAAUCCUGUGAUGCAAUACGUCGGCCACGAGGGGCCCGUGUGCUCCGUCGUGGAGCGGGGCCAGCAGCUGAUCACCGGCGCGUGGGACGGCACCGCCAAGGUGUGGGACACCGCCACUGGGGAACUGAAGCACAGCCUGGACGCGGGCUCCCACGCCGUGACGGUGGCCGUGUUGCCCACUGGAGAGAUCGUCACAGGGUCGCAGGACUUGGACCGCUCGCUGCGCGUGUUCCGAGGAGCGGAGUGCAUCACCACGGUGAAGGAGGCCCACGGCGACAUUAUCCGCGGGAUCUCCGCCUCGUCAGCGCACGUCGUGACCUGCUCCAACGACAACUGCCUGAAGGUGUGGUCGUUCGACGGCUGCGAGAUGGGCAAGCUGGCGGGCCACGCGUCCUUCGUGUACGGGGUGGCGCACUCCGCGGACGGAAAGACGGUC